CACGUGACAAGCAGCUCUGCCUGUCAGGGCUUUGCAGCAGCAGGACGAAUGACGGCCGAGUUGGAGGAAGUUACUGGGGGCAGCUGUGCUAAUGUAACCUUACACGAGUUGGAUACAGCAUUGCAGUAUAGGAGAGGAAGGCAGCAGCAUUCAUGGAUAUUGUGGACACCUUUAACCAUUUAAUACCCAGUGACCAGUUGGAUGACUCCCUGAUAACAAGUCAGAAUUUGGAAUGUGAGGCCAGUAAUGAGUUUGGGACAGGACUCCGACUGGAAGAGUCGCUGAAGAACAUGCUCAGUGACAAAGACCCGAUGUUUGGAUGUGCGAGCUCUCAGUUCAAUCUGCUGGACAAUGAGGACUCCACUUUUCCGAUUGCUGGUUCAACAGCUGUUGCUGCUCCCAGUGAUGGUUCAGCACCCACAGGCCACAGCGGUGAACUGGACAUUGCAGAGACUUCGCAAGUCAAGCGACCUGUUGGCAGGCAAAAGAAACGUCCAAGUCAUUUAGAAAACGACACAUCCACCAACACCAUGAUCCGAGGACGAAUAGGAAGGAAACCAGCAAACAGGCUUCAGAAGUCCUUUCUUAUCGAGAAAGGCGUUAAAGGCGCCCAGCUGAAGAAAGAACUAAUUCUGGGAGGGCGUGUUAAUGUUAAUGAUCUUCAAGGUGGAUUAUGGCUGAAUCCUUCUGUUGUAUUGAGACGAUUGACUGUCACAAUUGCAGGAUUUAAGAUUGAGCUGCUUCCAGGACCUUCUUACACACACAAUGUCGAAGGGAGCCUUGAUGGUGGUUUUGCGUAUGCUGGGGACAUUGGGUUUGCUGUGCUGCCAGGUGAUACCAUCAGUGUACAGAAUCCCACACCUGAGAAUGUGGCAGCGGUGGCUGAAGUUAAGAAGAGCUCGACUGAUGAUGCAGCCCUGGGGCUCGGCCCUUAUGUGAAUCCCAACGACGUGCAGACCUCCAACGGGACUUUGAUGGGGAGUGCCUGCACGCAAGAGACAAAAGACGACAAUCAUAGUGUUCCUGAAAAACAGAAAACAGUCGGUAAAGAAAAAGAUGGCAUCAAAGAGCCACAAAACAUUCAGAAUAGCACAACCACUGUUAGUAACAAGACGAAUGAUAAGGAAAAACAACAGAUUGUGGCCAAAACACUACCCAGGUCGAAACAACUGCCUUCUAACAAGAAUAAGGACUUGGUUUCUGAUAAACCAAAUAACAUGGUUAAGGGACAUAAAGUAACCCAAUACAUGCCAUCCAAAAUCCAAAGAGAAGACCUGCACAGAAUGAAGAAUCUCAAGGAAAAGAAAGAAAUUUCACCUUUGAAAAGGCCUGCAGAAAUCCCCCAAAGUGAGCACGCUACUAAAAUGCAAAAGACACAGGGCACAGGAGAGAGUAAAGGGAAGCCAAGCUCUCUCAUGAAGAAGAGCCCAUCAUCUGGCAACCGUGUUGAUCAGCAGGGAACCACUAAACAUACGCCACCCAAUAUCUCCAAGCUUGAGACGGGUUAUCAAUCACCUUUAAAAUUGACGGAAGAGGGGGGGCAGGAAAAGCCCAAACUGAAAAAGCCAGAAAAGAUUCUUCAAAGACAGAAAAGUAAAACUCAAAGAAGCAUCUCCGUGGAUGAGCCGCAGCUGUUUAUUCCAGACAAUGCUCCUUCUGUGAAGAAGGAGAAUGCUGAGGAGCAAACCGCUAACAGUGAGACAGUAUGGGAUGCAAACAACUGCUGCGGCCUGUGCCAGAACCAGCACAACAACACGUUCAUGGUAGGCUGCGGUCGCUGUGAAGACUGGUUCCACGGCGACUGUGUUGGGCUCGACCUGACCAAAGUACGCGAAAUGGAGGAGGAAGAUCAAAUGUACGUGUGCUUGAAGUGUUGCGAGGAGGAAAGCAAAAAGGUUCAGCCCGAGCUGCCCAUUGCAGCCAAACCAGAAGUUAAAGCUAAGACGGAGGAACAGGAUGUAAGAUCGCCUCCCAAGCCCCAACCAGGACCCUCCCCGAAACUCACCUCGGGAAGUGUCAGACCAGUAAGAAAUGAUCCUGACAGGAGGCAGUCCACUGAUUCAGCUCAUAAAACAGGCUUUUAUCUGAAAGACUCAAAAAGUAAGACUUCAGGUUCAAAGAAACCCGUGUCAGUGGAGGCGAUUAGGCGAAGUGUGCGGGACUCUCUGAAAGAAAUCCUCAUACAGAGGUUGAAGGAGUCUGAUUUGAAAGUCUCAGUGGAGAGGGCCUCUGAACUUGCCAAGAAGACAGAGAGAGAGCUUUUCCACUUGUAUAAAGACACUGACAACAAAUACAAGAACAAGUACAGAAGCUUGAUGUUCAACCUUAAAGACACUAAAAAUAAUGUCCUCUUUAAGAGGGUUCUCAAAGGGGAAGUUUCUCCCAGUAACCUGAUUCGAAUGAGCCCCGAGGAACUGGCCUCCAAAGAAUUGGCUGCUUGGCGACAAAGGGAGAACCGACAUACUAUUGAGAUGAUUGAAAAGGAGCAAAGAGAGGCGGAGAGACGGCCGAUCACUAAGAUCACACACAAAGGAGAAAUUGAAAUUGAAAGCCAAGAACCAGUGAAAGCACCUGAGCCUGCAGAGCUGGAUUCUCCUCCCAAAGUUAGCGAAGUCACAGCCGAACCUCCAAAAACCCCUGAGAAGAAAGCAGAGGGUACCGGCACAGAGAAAGACACCACCAACCAACACAAGUCUCACUUAUUUGACCUACACUGCAAGAUCUGCACAGGUCGAAUGGCGCCACCUGCGGAGGAGGUGCCGACCAAGGUGGUUAAAGUUGCCACUACAGUUGUUAGGAGGCAGUCCACAAAAGCAGAAGAGACGAAGAGCACAGGAACCCCUGGAGUGGACGAAGACCUGCACCUCACUGUUUUAGAGGAAAGCUUCCGGAGCGCUCAGUCAGGCUACGAUGGAAGGUCGGAUCAUGUAGCUGGAAGGGAUGAAGAAGCUGCUUUCCUGUCAAACUUAAAGUGCCUGUGGCAAGGACUCCUUUACAUGCACGCUGUGGCGAAGUUAAUGACGAAAGCCUUCCCUGUUUCAGGCAUUAUGGACAACUUGACUGAGGACCUUCCAGACAACAUUCAAGUUGGCGGAAGGAUAAGUCCACAGAUUGUAUGGGACUACUUAGAGAAGAUUCGGGCAAUGGGAACAAAAGAGGUGUGCCUGAUCCGCUUCUCCCCCGAGACAGAGGAAGAUGAGAUCUCCUAUACUCUCCUGUAUGCCUACUUCAGCAGUCGUAGGCGUUUCGGGGUGGUGUCCAAUAACCGGAAACAAGUGAAGGAUAUGUAUAUCAUUCCUUUGGGUGCCACUGAAAAAGUCCCACAUCAGCUUGUUCCCUUUGAUGGGCCAGGUUUAGAAAACAACCGUGCCAACCUUCUUCUUGGACUCAUCAUUCGCCAGGCACCUAAAAGGGAAUUUCUUCCUGUGGACAUGAACGAAACUGCCAGGAUUAUUCCGGAAAUCAAGCCCAUCACCAUUUCCACAAAAGAAACCAGAGCGAAAGAGGAGGAGGAGAAACGUUUCAUCUCUUCCUUGACUACUGCACAUAAAAAAGAAAAUGACAAACCACUUAGCCCUGCUGAAGAAGUGAAAGAGCCGAUUACAGAGUCUACGGAAGAACCAUCUGCCUCAGAGGAGCCCAACAAUCAGGAGCCCCGAAAACCACUGCGCUUUCUUCCAGGUGUGUUAUUAGGCUGGGGUGGGGAAUUGCCACCUCUGCCAGAUGUUGGAGGUAAACCUGCAACAACAGCAGAUGAAACCCAGAAGACCCAACCAGCUCUAAAAAUAGAGGCCUACAACUGGAAGUUAAAAAGUCUAACAGCUGCUGCACAACGAGAGCGCUUUGUCAUCAGGAAGAAGGAAGCUAAACCUGUUAAAGCUCAACCGGAACUAUCCAGCCCGACUCAUACAUCUGUUGCUAACAACCCAUCAGGAAAGGAUGCUGCAGCGGUGACCCACAGUGCACCAGUCUCUCUGAAAGAUAAGCCUCCAGAUGUAUCGACCGAUGUGUUCUUAGCGAGCCUUUCAGCAGCUCCGAGUGGGACUGAAACCAGCAGCGCCGCUUCUUCGAACAAAGGCGAAGUUGGCCUUUUGUCUGAGAGUGAAAAACCCCCAUCUGAAGGGAAUUCUUUGUCGCUAACCAAGGCUUCUCCAGCUUAUAGCUCAAAACCUCCUUUAAGUGGAAUAUUGAAAAAAUCUUCAGCCUAUUCCAGUGUGAAUGAAGAUAAAACAGCGGUGCUACAAAAAGAUGAAGAAAGCCACCACGCUCCUUUGAGCCCCAAACCUGUUCCUGUUGUGAGCAUUACUAGAAAAGAGCCAGUUACACUAUUUCACCAAGGGUAUUUACAGCUUUCUCAAGCCAAGAGCAAACCCAAGGAAGAAAAACAAACAACUAUUCCAUCACCGGUGAGUGAAAAGGAGAACCCGGGCACAUCCCAGGCUGAGGCUAAAGCACUUCAGACAGCAUGUGCUGCUACAGAAGGACCACAGGCAGCGUGCUACACAGAGCUCAAGCAGGACUCUGUAAUGGCACCAGCUAUCUCAGCACACAGCGAUGCACCCAUCCCAUCACAGCAGCCUCAGGUACCUGUCAGCUACGACUACACUACAGGGCCUCAGCCUAACACUUUCUCCAGCCACCACCCCCAGGAUCAGAGCCACAGUGCACCGUGGGCUCAGAAUAGCUCGUUGGACGCUCUUGCUGCUCUUCAAUCCCAGUACGCAGAGAGCUUUCCCGAACCAGCUCCCGCACCUCCGUCCCUAGCUAAAGAAUACAAGCGUGAAGAGGAGAAAUACAAUGAUCCGUGGGAGAGGCCGCGCACAUCGGAGGACAGAGACCACCACGGAAGGCACAGCCAUCACAGGGACACUCAUCACGGGAAAAAGAGCCGAAACCACGACAGGGAGAGGAGGCGUGAUCGUAGCCACGAAAGAGAGAGGAGCAGGCACCGCGGACACUCGGACGACCGCUACAGUGAGAAGAGGAAAGAGAGACACCACAGCGACGAUCACAGCAGCCGUAAUAAGGACAGGCACAGACACAGGAGGGACUCUGACUAUGAGAAUGGACGGAGAAGCUCAAAAGACAGUUAAUUAUGUUUUUAGUUUUCAAUGAGUGGAGGGGCUUCAAGAGAGAAUGUUGGUCACUAAGCCGAUUCAAAACACUUGAUGGUGAAGUUGUUUGUUAUUUUAUACAACGGUCCACAGCUUGUCUGCCAUUUCCUUCAUAGAAGCUCCAUUUGAUGUUAAUAACAAUACAGCCAAAAUAAAAUAUAAUUUCAGUCGGAUUGUGAAGACUCUUCACGCCAAGAAGAACUUAUUAUUGGAACAAUUUAAACAUUUUAACCUUUUUAUUGUAUAUAUCGAGUUCAUCUUUGAGCUGCCGUGACUACAAAUGAUCAGUAAAUGUUUUCAGUUUUGUGUUAACAUAUGAACAAAGUGUGGACCAUCUGGUGAACAUUUUAAGUUGGCAUGAAUGUAACACAUACAACCUUUAACUGAGUACCAUGACCCAAACAGCAGCUUUUCUUUUCCCCCCCAUUUCAAUUCUUUUAAAUUGCUUAAUUAUUUUUUAAACUUACUUUUUGGGGAAAAGUAUGUACAUUUUGGCUUGUAAUAUACAUUAGAGAUGACGUGUGCCUUUGCACUGUGUGUUUAUGUACAGUUCGUAAUAAAGCUAAUUCUUUUUUAUUAUU